GGCGCAGGGAGGGUGGCACUAGGCUCUGGCUUCUGCAGCCCCACGCGCUCCCUUCGCCGCGGGACCUGGGUCCCCGGACCGCUCGCCAGAGCACCGAGCGAGCCGGGGGCGGGAGCUGGGCCGGGACUGGCGGCGAGGGAGAGAGCGAGAAGCGAGCAGAGUCGCAGGCGCGCGGCUCCGGGUCCCCUCCCAGCCCCGGCCCCUGCCCGUCGCCGCCAGACUUCGGCUGACCGCGGGAGGGGCUGUGUGCCCGCCACCCGUCGGGGACCGCAGCUGCUCCGCGGGAGUGCAGGGGCCGAGUCCGCGCGACGGUCCACGCGGGACAGGUCCCGGAUGAGAAGGAGCUGACGGCAGCCGAGUCCCACCUUCUCUGCGUGCCGGGGAGCAGGGCCGCCUGGCCCCAGUGGCACCGAUGCCGAAGAACAGCAAGGUGACUCAGCGCGAGCACAGCAGCGAGCAUGUCACGGAGUCGGUGGCCGACCUGCUGGCUCUCGAGGAGCCUGUGGACUACAAGCAGAGCGUCCUGAAUGUGGCGGGCGGGGCAGGUGGCAAGCAGGCGGCGGCGGAGGAGGAGCUGGACGCCGAGGACCGGCCCGCCUGGAACAGCAAGCUGCAGUACAUCCUGGCACAGAUCGGCUUCUCCGUGGGCCUCGGCAACAUCUGGAGGUUCCCCUACCUGUGCCAGAAGAACGGAGGCGGUGCCUACCUGGUGCCCUACCUGGUACUGCUGAUCAUCAUCGGGAUCCCGCUCUUCUUCCUGGAGCUGGCGGUGGGCCAGAGGAUCCGCCGGGGCAGCAUCGGCGUGUGGCACUACGUGUGUCCCCGCCUGGGGGGCAUCGGCUUCUCCAGCUGCAUUGUCUGCCUCUUUGUUGGGCUGUAUUAUAACGUGAUUAUCGGGUGGAGCAUCUUCUACUUCUUCAAGUCCUUCCAGUACCCACUGCCCUGGAGUGAAUGUCCUGUCGUCAGGAAUGGGACCGUGGCAGUGGUGGAGGCCGAGUGCGAGAAGAGCUCCGCCACUACCUACUUCUGGUACCGAGAGGCCCUGGACAUCUCCAACUCCAUCUCGGAGAGCGGCGGCCUCAACUGGAAGAUGACCCUGUGCCUGCUCGUGGCCUGGACCAUUGUGGGCCUGGCUGUCGUCAAGGGCAUCCAGUCCUCGGGGAAGGUGAUGUAUUUCAGCUCCCUCUUCCCCUACGUGGUGCUGGCCUGUUUCCUGGUCCGGGGGCUGCUGCUGCGAGGUGCCAUCGACGGCAUUCUGCACAUGUUCACUCCCAAGCUGGACAAGAUGCUGGACCCGCAGGUGUGGCGGGAGGCGGCCACGCAGGUCUUCUUCGCCCUGGGGCUGGGUUUCGGGGGCGUCAUCGCCUUCUCCAGCUACAACAAGCAGGACAACAACUGCCACUUCGACGCCGCCCUCGUGUCCUUCAUCAACUUCUUCACCUCGGUGCUGGCCACCCUCGUGGUGUUUGCUGUGCUGGGCUUCAAGGCCAACAUCAUGAAUGAGAAAUGCGUGGUCGAGAACGCCGAGAAAAUCCUGGGGUACCUCCACAGCAACGUCCUGAGCCGGGACCUCAUCCCUCCCCACGUCAAUUUCUCCCACCUGACCACCAAGGACUACUCGGAGAUGUACAAGGUCAUCAUGACCGUCAAGGAGGACCGUUUCUCAGCCCUGGGCCUCGAUCCCUGCCUGCUGGAGGAUGAGCUGAACAAGUCCGUGCAGGGCACCGGCCUGGCCUUCAUCGCCUUCACUGAGGCCAUGACGCACUUCCCCGCCUCCCCGUUCUGGUCCGUCAUGUUCUUCCUGAUGCUCAUCAACCUGGGCCUGGGCAGCAUGAUCGGGACCAUGGCCGGCAUUACCACGCCCAUCAUCGACACCUUCAAGGUGCCCAAGGAGAUGUUCACAGUGGGCUGCUGUGUCUUUGCAUUCCUCGUGGGGCUGUUGUUCGUCCAGCGCUCCGGAAACUACUUUGUCACCAUGUUUGAUGACUACUCGGCCACCCUGCCGCUCACCCUCAUUGUCAUCCUUGAGAACAUCGCUGUGGCCUGGAUCUAUGGAACCAAGAAGUUCAUGCAGGAGCUGACAGAGAUGCUGGGCUUCCGGCCCUACCGCUUCUAUUUCUACAUGUGGAAGUUCGUGUCUCCGCUGUGCAUGGCUGUGCUCACCACGGCCAGCAUCAUCCAGCUGGGAGUCACACCCCCAGGCUACAGCGCCUGGAUCCGAGAGGAGGCUGCCGAGCGCUACCUGUACUUCCCUAACUGGGCCAUGGCCCUCCUGAUCACCCUCAUCGUCGUGGCGACCCUGCCCAUCCCUGUGGUCUUCAUCCUGAGACACUUCCACCUGCUCUCCGAUGGCUCCAACACGCUCUCCGUGUCCUACAAGAAGGGCCGCAUGAUGAAGGACAUCUCCAACCUGGAGGAGAACGAUGAGACCCGCUUCAUCCUCAACAAGGUGCCCAGCGAGGCGCCCUCGCCCAUGCCCACGCACCGCUCCUACCUGGGGCCUGGGAGCACGUCGCCCCUGGAGCCCAGCGGGGACCCCAAUGGACGCUACGGGAGCGGCUACCUCCUGGCCAGCACCCCGGAGUCAGAGCUGUGACCCCCGGCGCCCCCUCCGCCCACCUCCCUCUGCACCCAGCCAGCCCCAGCCCCAGCCUGGCCGCCCCUCCCAAGAGAGGGGUCUGCCCUGACUCACCCCCCACCCCAUCCGGUCCCAGCCAACUCUGCUCCCCAGGCCUGGGUGGGGGCCGCGCCAUCCUACUCUCGGACAUCUCCCCAGAUGGUGGCCAAACAAUUGGAAUAAUCCCGAAGUUCUGAUUCUUGGCACCAGGGGAGACCCCAAGGGGCCCCUUUCGGGGUCCCUCCACCCUCGUUCUCUCCCCUUAACUUGCUACCCGCAGUUCUUAGGUCUCAGAGUCCCUCUGUGCUGCCAGGUGGUGGUGGCGGCAGCAGGCACUGGGGCGGGGUGGGGGGCACCUCAGAGGCUGCUGGUCGAAGGAUGGGGACGGGACAGGUGCGCCAGCCGCUGGGGCUCAGGCUUGGGGUUGUAUGAGGUGCAGUGCCCUGGCAGCAGGGGGCUAGGGGCUCCCCCACCCCCAGCUCGAGGGGCGCCCUCCGCUGUCCUAGGUUCUGCCUGGGAGGGUGAUGACUCGGCUUGAACCGUCCUACCUCCAUUAGGGCUUAGGCGUCUCCUGUCCGCUCCCACCCCUGGCCCCAUCCUGAGCCCGGGGUGGCGGCCUCUGCUUUUCCUUGAGGUUCCCAGAGCACACUUGCCCACAGCACAGUUCGGAUGGUUCGGAGCACAACUGCAAAGCACAUCUGCCUCAUCUCACUCGGGCCCCUGCUUUCUCUCUAGUGGCAGCUUCUCCCCUGGAACGAGGUCCCUGGACUUCAGGGGCCUACACCCGGGAAGCUCGGCACCUGGGCAAAGAGAUAAGCCCACUGUCCCCUGGGGCUGCCCCUCACCCUCUGCCGUGGAGGCACAGCUCCCUGGGCUUGCAUCAGGGACAGACCCCUCAGGAGCCUUUCCCAAGGCACCUGGCCCAUAUCCACCAGGGCCACAGGCAGCGCUGUGGACCCUGGGGGUUGCCAAGGAGAGGGGCUGGGUCUCCGUCCUGGGGCCAGCGCCCCCGGCAUCCCCCAACCCCAACUCCGACCUUCUGGCUGACCCUGGAGUAGGGCUGGGAGGGUUAGAACCUCACUGGAGAGCGAGUGUCUGCAGAGGGGUGGAUGGACCAAUGGAAGGAUGGGUGGAUGGAUGGGCGGAUGGAUGGAUGGAUGGAUGGAGGGUAGGCAGGAAGGCAGACGGGCCGGGACAGCAGGCCUCUGAGAGCUGUGGUGGGGAGGGAAGGAACAGGCCACAGUGCCAGGCCUGGGCACCUUGACAGAGGGUCCUGAGUCACUUGGGGUGGGAUCAGACUAGGCCCAGGGUUCCCUCUGUCCUCCCUUAGUCCCUUGCCCUUCGCUGGGGGUCCAUCCCCCAUCCCGCCAUCUUUCUGACUCGCCCGUCCUCCCUCCUCCCAUUUCUGGCCCUCUCAGCCCCACCCGCCCUUCCGGAGCAUGACGGGACCGGGCCUCCCUGGAGAAGGAGCCUUUGGAGCACAACACCCCGCCUCAGGCGCCCUCACCCAACACCACCUCCUAGUGGCCCCAAGCCUAGUCCCAGCCAAUUUAGCACCAGGAAAAGCAAGGCCCCAGGAGGGACACUCUGCUAUAUAUACUCCUCUGUGUAUCCUAUUUCUCUUGUAUAGUCAAUCUGUAUAUGUGGGUGUAAAUGCUGUUAAAUGACAAACCCAAUAUUAUCCUGUGGCUGGUGGACUAUUUCCAUCCUCAGUGCUGUACAGAUCUAUUUUCAUUGUAUAUUUGAUAUAUUUUUAAUUUUGUAGCUUGUGGCUGGGCCAGGCCCCAGCCCACCAGCCCACCAGCCCGCGACCGGGACUCGGGGGCACCUGCUUGGUCGCUGCGGGCUGGGGAGCACUCCGAGCCUCUCGCCGUCGGCUGUCCCGGCUGUCUGUGGUGUUGGUAGCGGUAGGGCCCAGAGCUUGAUGCGCGUGUGUGUGUGUACGUGUGUGGUGUGUGCACAUAUGUGGGUGUGGCUGUGUGUAGGGUGUGGCUUGCGAACCCCAGUGUUCACCACGUUCCAGCAGACCCCGCUGCCCUCCCUGCCACCCCCUCCCCCUCUCAGCCAGGCCUCGGGGCCAGGCCUGCCGGAAGGUGGGCUUUUCUGGCCGGUGACUCAUUGCCUUCACACCACUGGCUUGCCGAGGCUGGGAAGGAGGGACCUUGUGGGGGCGGGAAAGCCCCACGUUGAUUUUUCCAGUCAACUUCUUGCUGUCUCCCCUGGAACCCCAAACUCUUCGUCCUGAGGAAAGCCCCGGGCUUCUGAAGGUGGUGAGGCCCAGGAAGCCACUUCACAGAGCCUGUGUCCGGCAUUUGCUUUGUGACAGUCCCAACAGUGUUCAGGAGGGAACAGCUGACUGUCCCCCAUGCGACCGGCAUGCACACCUUUGCUCCCUCCUCAGGGGGGCUGCAAGUGGGGCAAGGCCAGGGCAGGUGGGGCCUCUGAGGAGGUAAGAUCCAGCCCCAGGCUUCCUGGGGGAGCAGGAGGUGGCCCCACCUCCCUGCACGGGGUCCCCACCCCCCGGCUUUGGUGCUGUCCUGCAACGUCCGCAGGAGACAGAGCGGACUGCAGGGCAGGGCGUGCCCGAAGCGUCCCCGGAAGCGUCCCCUGCUCCCUGCCCUCCUGCCCAAUCACCAGCUUCUCGCUCAGGGAGCUUUGUCGCUGAGGCAGCUUGAAGCCCGAGCCCCAGCCGGGGCUGGACAGGCGGGGCACUCAAUUGAUGCCAGUGAGGGUGGCUUUGCCCUCCAGCAAUAAAUCUGCAGGGACUGCUGCUGCCCUAGCGCCGGGAGAAGCCGCGAGGCUGGGGCGGGAGGCCGUGUGGGCCCAGCCCCGGGCAGGCCCGCAGUAUCUCGGGCAGCGGGGAGGGGCGGCCCUUCCACCUGCCUCACGACUGCACCCCCGCCACUGCCCCCAGAGGCGGCCUCACGGCGGAGGAGAGGAGAGGCUGGCAGGUUGGAAGGCACCUGGCCACCUGAGCGUCCACUAGGCCCUGAAACUGGGGCCCGCUGCCCUUUCUGCGGGGCCGACGACUGGGGCUGGGGACCAGGCCCGGGCCCCUCCUCAUCCCACGCACUGCUUCGUACAGACCCAAGGACACACAGCAAAAGCAUCGCUAAGUUCCGGCGCAGGCUCAGAACAGCUCAAGUCCAUGUGCCCAUGGCUGGCCAGAGCCCCGAGUAGGGCAAGACCACUCAGCCCAGGGGAGGGGACGAGGUGUUGUCACCCUGGAGCCCUUCCUUCCUCUCUACUCCCCCCAUGG